CGAUUAGCUCGACGAGCUUAGGUUCUGUGGCCGAGACACAAGAACAGCCGCGAGCCGAGCCACGAGGCGAGAGUGCAGAGGCAUUACAUUAGCUCGAGGAGCUUACGAGCUGUGGCAGAGCCGCGAAUGUAAACUGCGAUUUAAAAUCUAGUUUUCGUACCGCGCGUUUUGACAAUGACAGUCCGUUUCGUUUUCUUUUGACUUUGACAUUUCUCGUACAGUCCGCGAGUUUUCGUUACCCGUGCAAAUGCCCGUGCACGUGUAGUGCUAAACUUUAUAAAUAAUGAGUUAAGUUAGUGAUAUAAGGUAGGAAAAACAAGAAGUAUGGCUAAAGGCGACCCGUGCGGCGUGUGCGGCGAGACGAGGACGCGGCUGGUGGACGGGUUCUUCUACUGUGUGGAGUGCGGCACGCAGGACACGAACGUGCAGGAGACGGUGGUGGAGCAACAGGCGCUGGCCGACGGCACGUUCACUAUCGCGCGCCGCUCCCGGUACUCCGUCAAGAUCAAGGAGGGCGUGGAAAUGAGCCAGGAGUGGUACAAAUGGCACAGGUACAACUUCCAGCUGGCAGGGCUGACGGAGAUGCUCAUCGAACUUGGCGCCGCCCCUAGUGUGCGUAUGAAGGUGCUGUGGAUCUGGACCCGCUACAUCAGGAAGUUCCAGAAUAAGGAGGCGAUGGGCCCCGCUCAAGUCCUCAGGCAGCUGGAAGUCAGUUCCUCCUCGAGCGAGGAGGAGGAGGUCGAGGAUUUCGGGCCCCUCACCGCCCACGCCAAGACACUGCGGGUGGACCGCGUUACCAACUACAUGAUGGUCGCAAUACUGGCGCUGGCGCUCAACUUCGACCGCAGCCCCAUCCUGGUGUCGCACUUCAUGCGGUUCUUGCGCUGGCGACUUCUGCCCGUCGUCGACAGGUUCCGGUUCGUGCCCGCGGAGGUGCUCGACAAGCUGCGCCACAAGCGACCGCGGCAGCCCACAGCCAACACCUACGACUGGGGCACCGUGACGGUGUUCCACUACCUCCCUUACAUGAUGUGUAAGAUAAUACUCCGGUUCGUGCCCGCGGAGGUGCUCGACAAGCUGCGCCACAAGCGACCGCGGCAGCCCACAGCCAACACCUACGACUGGGGCACCGUGACGCUCCGGUUCGUGCCCGCGGAGGUGCUCGACAAGCUGCGCCACAAGCGACCGCGGCAGCCCACAGCCAACACCUACGACUGGGGCACCGUGACGCUCCGGUUCGUGCCCGCGGAGGUGCUCGACAAGCUGCGCCACAAGCGACCGCGGCAGCCCACAGCCAACACCUACGACUGGGGCACCGUGACGCUCCGGUUCCUGCCCGCGGAGGUGCUCGACAAGCUGCGCCACAAGCGACCGCGGCAGCCCACAGCCAACACCUACGACUGGGGCACCGUGACGCUCCGGUUCCUGCCCGCGGAGGUGCUCGACAAGCUGCGCCACAAGCGACCGCGGCAGCCCACAGCCAACACCUACGACUGGGGCACCGUGACGCUCCGGUUCCUGCCCGCGGAGGUGCUCGACAAGCUGCGCCACAAGCGACCGCGGCAGCCCACAGCCAACACCUACGACUGGGGCACCGUGACGCUCCGGUUCGUGCCCGCGGAGGUGCUCGACAAGCUGCGCCACAAGCGACCGCGGCGGCCCACAGCCAACUCCUACGACUGGGGCACCGUGACGCUCCGGUUCCUGCCCGCGGAGGUGCUCGACAAGCUGCGCCACAAGCGACCGCGGCAGCCCACAGCCAACACCUACGACUGGGGCACCGUGACGCUCCGGUUCCUGCCCGCGGAGGUGCUCGACAAGCUGCGCCACAAGCGACCGCGGCAGCCCACAGCCAACACCUACGACUGGGGCACCGUGACGGUGUUCCACUACCUCCCUUACAUGAUGUGCCGCAUGUCGUCGCUGCUGGAGCUGGGCGGGCCGCUGACGCCGGACGUGGACGGCAUGCUGCACGGGCAGCUGCGCGAGCUGCGCCUGCCGCGCGCGCUGGCGGCGCUCGUGCGCGCGCUCAUAGACCUAGCCCCGUUGCCGAUCAAGGCUGGAUCACUGAAGAAGGACGGAUUGACCGACCAGUUCCCUGACUACGAGACGACGGUGAUGGCGUACAUCGUGGUGGCGCUCAAGAUGUGCUUCGGCCUCGACGACGAUUACGAGCGUCGGCUGUCGGACGCUGUCGAACGGAUCAAUGAGGAGGCGGAGCACCCUCCCGCCUACAGCUCGAGCCCCGAGCCGACCGGGCGCCUGUUCAGCUUCCGCGCGUGGGCGGCGCAGCUGCGGCUGCGCGCGCUCGUCACCACGCGCCACUGCGCCCCGCUCGCCUGGGCGCGCGGCGAGCGGGGCAGCAGCGACGCCUCCAUGGAGCACUUCCAGGAGUUCACCAGCGCGAGGCGACGUGAUGCCAACAACGGUAAGACUGUCCAGCCUCCGCGCGUGGGCGGCGCAGCUGCGGCUGCGCGCGCUCGUCACCACGCGCCACUGCGCCCCGCUCGCCUGGGCGCGCGGCGAGCGGGGCAGCAGCGACGCCUCCAUGGAGCACUUCCAGGAGUUCACCAGCGCGAGGCGACCUGCGGCUGCGCGCGCUCGUCACCACGCGCCACUGCGCCCCGCUCGCCUGGGCGCGCGGCGAGCGGGGCAGCAGCGACGCCUCCAUGGAGCACUUCCAGGAGUUCACCAGCGCGAGGCGACGUGAUGCCAACAACGGUAAGACUGUCCAGCCUCCGCGCGUGGGCGGCGCAGCUGCGGCUGCGCGCGCUCGUCACCACGCGCCACUGCGCCCCGCUCGCCUGGGCGCGCGGCGAGCGGGGCAGCAGCGACGCCUCCAUGGAGCACUUCCAGGAGUUCACCAGCGCGAGGCGACGUGAUGCCAACAACGGUAAGACUGUCCAGCCUCCGCGCGUGGGCGGCGCAGCUGCGGCUGCGCGCGCUCGUCACCACGCGCCACUGCGCCCCGCUCGCCUGGGCGCGCGCCUCCGCGCGUGGGCGGCGCAGCUGCGGCUGCGCGCGCUCGUCACCACGCGCCACUGCGCCCCGCUCGCCUGGGCGCGCGGCGAGCGGGGCAGCAGCGACGCCUCCAUGGAGCACUUCCAGGAGUUCACCAGCGCGAGGCGACGUGAUGCCAACAACGACUGUCCAGCCUCCGCGCGUGGGCGGCGCAGCUGCGGCUGCGCGCGCUCGUCACCACGCGCCACUGCGCCCCGCUCGCCUGGGCGCGCGGCGAGCGGGGCAGCAGCGACGCCUCCAUGGAGCACUUCCAGGAGUUCACCAGCGCGAGGCGACGUGAUGCCAACAACGGUAAGACUGUCCAGCCUCCGCGCGUGGGCGGCGCAGCUGCGGCUGCGCGCGCUCGUCACCACGCGCCACUGCGCCCCGCUCGCCUGGGCGCGCGGCGAGCGGGGCAGCAGCGACGCCUCCAUGGAGCACUUCCAGGAGUUCACCAGCGCGAGGCGACGUGAUGCCAACAACGCUAUCAGGAAGGGCGCCAAAGCGAGACUGACCGACCAAGUCACCAUGGAGAUAUUAGACAGGAUCCCCAAGCGGUACGAAGGCGGCAUACUGUCCUUCGAGGAGCUCAAGCCGGCCAUGGCCUCGCGGGAACCUCAAACUGCGAUAGCGCGCGCCGUGGGACACCUACUGCCUUCCGAGCGGAGGAAGCUCCUCGACGAGGACUUCACGCAAUACUCCCUCGAGUACGCCUACAGGCACCUCGCGCUCCCCUCGCAGCCCGACAACAAGCUGUUCCGCGGCGUGACGGUGAGCGACGCUUGCGGACAACGACUCGGCAACGCCCUCUACUCCAGCGUCGCCGACACCUCCACCGUCUACGUCAAGAACUGCUCCAACAAAAACUGGGCGAGGACGAGGCGGCCUACCGUCGCUCACGUGGUCCGGGACAGCGACGCCGGGUACGACUCCCGACAGAGUUUUGAAGAAGAUGAGAAGAAAGAAAAAUUAGAAACGUUUGUGGAAGAAGACGAAGGCAGAAAUAUUUUUGACGAUGAUUUUUCCGACAUUCCGAUUAAAGAGGAGAAAGCCGAUUCGAAGGAUGAUGUCAACGUUGGCGAGACAAAGGAUAAUAUAAAUUGGGUCGACGAUAUUGACAACCUUGAGAGCGCUGGCGUCGAAGAUGACGACGAACGCAGCAUAUUCGACAGCGACGACGAGGUUGAGCCGCAGUUCGACCCCGAAACCUUCAACAGAAAGGAGGUCAUCAGAGAAAUGAUGGCAGCCGCCUAUAAAAACUGCCACACAAGGGUACCGGCGCGAUUUUUAACUCUGGGUGAAAGACCGCUGAAGAAGAAGCAUAAAUUCCCACGUGAGGCGCCAAACGUUCGGGAAUACAAGUUCGGCAUCGGAACCGAGUACUGGGCCAACAAGCUCAAGGAGCAGGAAGCGGCGGCCAAGGUCGAGGAUCUCAUAACCACCUACAGGGGCAACUUGCACAACGACGUGUUACACCAGGUGGAAGAGCAAGUGCGCGCGUUUACAAACGCUAAUAAAAGUGCCGACAUCAUCGAACCCGCGACUGAGUUCGCGGACCCCAGCCUCCACACGGACGGAAACGGCAUGGAAGCCCAACAUGUGGAUGACUCUAGAGACGUGGAAUUAAUUGAAAAUGAAGCAAAAAAUGAUAAAAGUAACGACGAAGACUCGUGUGAAGAGCAUGCCUACGACCCUGUUCUUAAAAGCGAAGCUAACUUUGAUGAAAAAACGCACGACGUUAAACAGCUGUACGUGAAGCUAAAGGAGCUCCCGCCGGAGGCGGAGCCCGAGCGAGCCGCGACUCCGGCGCUCGACGACGACAUCGUCGCGAUCGUUGACGAAGCCAUCCGCCAGGCGAAACGUCAAAAAAUAUAUAAAAAGGAGAGAAUUAUCAUAAACACCGAUAUCGAUCACCUGGUGGAUGAUCCGAAACGUAUCACCAGAUAUAAUUACUGGUUCACUAUAUUUCAUGUAAGUAAACAGACGAGGAUAUUCAACGGACCGUACCGGAGACUCGAGAAAGAGUUUGAGAAUAAUUCGUCCCGCAGCUUCUGGUUCGUGCUGAAGGAGUGCUCCGCCGUGUUGGACGUGUCGCCGUUGCGCCUCUACCGCCUCGUCACCGACAUCGAGCAACAGAUGAUUAAACUCCUGCCCAGAAAGCCAAGAAAAGGAAAUGAACCAAAAAAAAGGGGAAGACCUCGCAAAAACAUGGACAAGAAUCUUUCAGGAAAAAGUGGCUUACACCGGAGACCAGAAAGACUUCACAAAGACUUCAAAAAAGCAAGCGCCUCCCAGAGUCAGCACCGGCCAAGAAAACUAGGAAGACAGCACGAAACCUUAGAUAGGAACCUUUCAGAAACUAGCGACUCCCAGGAGUGGAGGCCAGAAACACUCGGCGAAGACUCAGAAGAUUCAAGUACCUCGGAGGAUCAAGACCGGCCAAGGAAACGAGGAAGACCGCGUAAAACCCUGGACGAAGAGGUUUUAGAAAACAGCUACUUGCAAAGAGAAAGAUCCAGCAAACACUUAAAAGAGUCGAGCACCUCUAAGAAUCAAGACAAACAAAGGAAACGAGGAAGACCGCGUAAAACCUUGGAUGAGAGUUCAGAAGAUAGCGACUCGCAGGAGUGGAGAUCAAAAAAAUCCAGCAACAACUUAAAACAUGCGCAGAAUCAAGGCCAACCAAGAAAACGGGGAAGACCUCUCAAAACUCUGAGGAAAUUCAUUUCAGAAGACAGCGACUCAGACUCGCAGGACUUGAAACCUCGAAGAUCCAGCAACGACUUGAAAGAUGCUAGCACCACGCAAAACCAAGACCAACCAAUGAAUAGUGGAAAAUCUCGCAAAAAAUUAGAUGGGAACCUUUCAGAAACUAGCGACUCCCAGGAGUGCAGACCAGAAACACUCAGUGAAGACUCAGAAGAUUCAAGCACCUCGGAGGAUCAGGACCGACCAAGAAAACGAGUAAGACAGCGCAAAACCUUCGAUGAGAACCAUUCAGACACUAGCGACACCCAGGAGUGCAGACCAGAAACUCUCAGCGAAGACUCAGAAUAUUCAAGCAUCUCGAAGGAUCAGGACCGGCCAGGGAAACGAGGAAGACCGCGUAAAACCCUGGACGAAAAGAUUUUAGAAAACAGCGACUUGCAAAGAGAAAGAUCCAGCAGGGACUUCAAAGAGUCGAGCACCUCGAAGAGUCAAGACAACCCAAAGAAACGAGGAAGACCACUUAAAACCUUGGAUGAGAGUUCAGAAGAUAGCGACUCGGAAGAGUGGAGAUCAAUAAAAUCCAGCAACAACUUAAAACAUGCGCAGAAUCAGGGCCAACCAAGAAAACGGGGAAAACCUCGAAAGAAUCUGGGCAAAUUUAUUUCAGAAGACAGCGACUCAAACUCGCAGGACUUCAAUCCUCGAAGAUCCAGCAACGACUUGAAAGAAGCUAGCACCACGCAAAACCAAGACCAGCCAAGGAAUAGAGGAAAACCUCGCAAAUCAUUGGAUGGGAAUCGUUCAAAUACUAGGGACCCGCAGGAAUUUUAUGCAGAAAGACUCUGCGAAAGGGCAGAAGAUACAAGCAGCUUGCAGUAUCGACGAAGGAAACGAGAAAGACCCCUCAAAGCCUUCGAUGACACUCCUUCAGAAGACAGAGACUUACAGCAGUCGAGAUCAGAAAGAUCCAGAAAACACUUUGAAGAUGAAAACACCUCACAUGAUCAGGACCAACCAAGGAAACAAGGAAGACUCCUCAAAUUUUUGGAUGAAAGUGUUUCAGAAGACAGUGACCCGCCGGGGGCUCAAAGCAGCUCACAGAAUUACUACCCACCAAGGAAACAAGUAAAACCCCUCAAAUUCUCGGACGAAAGUCUUUCAGAAGAUAGCGACUCGCAGCAUUGGCGAUCAGAAAGACUCGGCAAAAUCUCAGAAGAUGUUAAUACCUGUCAAAAUCGUGAUCACCCAAGGAAACAGGGAAAACCCCUUAAAUCCUUGGACGAAAGUCUUUCAGAAUACAGAGACUUGGAAAAAUGGAGACCUGUGAGAUCCAGCAAAGACUUAGAAGAGUCGAGAACCUCGCAGAAUCAGGACAAAUCAAGGAAACAAGAAAGUCUCCUCAACUCCUUGGACAAAAGUCUUUCGGAAGACAGCGACUUGCCGAAAAGAAGACCAGAAAUACCCAAUACGUUAGACUCGAGUCUUCAAGAAGAUGAAAGCGCCUCACAGAAACAGGAAUACCACAGGAAAGGAGAAAGAUCCCGAACAUGCUCGGAUUCGAGUCUCCAAGAAGAUGAAAGCGCCUCACAGAAACAGGAAUACCAAAGGAAAGGAGGAAGAUCCAGAACAUGCUCAGAUUCGAGUCUCCAAGAAGAUGAAAGCGCCUCACAGAAACAGGAAUACCAAAGGAAAGGAGAAAGAUCCAGAACAUGCUCGGAUUCGAAUCUCCAAGAAAAUGAAAGCGCCUCACAGAAACAGGAAUACCAAAGGAAAGGGGGAAGGAACCUUCUGCAUAACCAAGAGCAUCCUAAGAAGCGAGGAAGGCCUCUUAAAUCAUUGAACGAGGAUCAUCCAGCAGCAAGUACCUCGCAGAGGUGUACCCCAGAAAAAUCCAGCAUGUACUUGGAUUCGAGUCUCGAGUCUUGGAGCCCCUCACGAAACCAGGAACCGCCAAGGAAAAGAAGAAGGCCUCGCAAAUCCAUAGAUGGAAGUAUUUUAGAGCUAAGCGCCUCAAAUAAGGGUUCCCCAGAAAGAUACAACAAAUUUGACUCGAGUCUUCAAGAUCAAAGCACCUCAAGACCCCACAAAUACGUAGCUGGAAACCUUCCAAAAGGAAACACCUCUAAUAGGAGCACUCCAGAAAGACCCAGCACUCAUUUAAGCUCGAGGCUUUUAGAAAGUAGUAGCACCUUGCAGAGCCAGGAGCACCCAAGGAAAUCUCGAGGAAAGAGCACUUUGCAAAACAGGACCCCUGAAAUAGCCAGCACAGACAUGAAAUCGAGUCUUCAAGAAGCUAAUAACGGCUCAAAUAACCAGGAGCAACCAAGAAAUCGAUACAGACUAAUGGAUGGGAGUCAUUUAGAAGCAAGCGCUUCACAAAAGAUGACCCCAGAAAAACAAUCAAGACACAGCAUAUACUUAAAGAUUGCAAGCCGUUCACAGAAGGAGAAGUAUCCAGGAACGAAAUCUGUAGAAGUGACCCUUUCGGAAGUAAUGAACAUCUUGCAAGAGAGGAGACCAGAAAGGCUAAAACCCAGCAAAUACCUAGAAGAUGCAAGUGAUUCACAGAACAAAGCUCAUCCAAGUAAACAAGGAAAACCAUGCAAAUCCAUGGACUUUUCUGGAAUAACAGACAGGAAACCAGAAAGACCUAGUACAUACUUAAACUGGAAACCUCUAGGAAAUGCAAGCACCCCGCAGAACCAAGGACACCUAUAUAACCCAGAACGAUUCAGCAAAUACGUUGAAAGAAGCCUUCCAGAUAUAAGCGCCAUUCAGGACAGUACAGCUAGUUUCUUGCGGAACAAAACAGAAGAAUAUUCUGAAACGAAAGUGAUUAGUUUCGAUCAAUUCUAGUGACUAUGUGAUAUGGAUGGAUGGUCUGUCCAAGGCGUAUUGUUGGACGCAAGACAUGAUACAUCCUCAUUUUAUUUACACUUUGUACAUAGAGAAUCACCUGCAAAAACGUGUAAAAUCAGUGUAUUGAGUAGGAACGAAUGAAUUAUAAACUGUAAGUGCGGAGGGCGUCUCUGCUGUAUACUUUGCUUUUUUAGCAUUAGAAAUAAGGUAAAAAAAUCUUAAUAUGUCUUUUAAUUCAAAAACGCCAAUUGAUUGUAUAUGUAUAUGAUUUAUAAUUGUUGUUUGUGGUGUGUUAUGAUUUAUAUUUUUUUUUUCUCUGCACCAAUUCUAGGUAUCACUGUUUGGCCCUAUAGUUGACUGGUAGAGAAUGCCAUUUGGCAUUAAGUCCGCUAUUUGUACAUUGUUGUGUAUAUUUUGUGCAAUAAAGUUUAAAUAAAUAAAUUAAUAAAUAUUUAAAUACAAUAAAAAUACGCAUCAAAAUCUCUUACCUUAUUUCUAAUGCUAAGAACGGACUAUAGUAAGUACCUAUUGUACGAACCCGAUUCGUAAUAAUGAAUUAAAUUAUUAUUUUUGAUACGUAUUCCGAAAACUGUCAGUGUUACGUUGGUAUUGCUAUUAACCCUUAACCCUUUGAACGCCACGCCUAUUAAAUGUAACGCGCCAUAGUAAACCUUAUUGGAAUACGUGAAGGUCUAUAUUACCUACACUGAAACGCGCGCGUCAGUUGACGUCUUGGGCGGUCAAAAGGCUUUAUAACUAGAUUUAAUUUAGAUUUAUAGGCUUUUAGACUUUUGACUUUAUAACCUAUUCUAUAAUAUAGUUUCAGAAGCCAGGUUAAUUGUUACCUAAGCUGCUAGCUGUAGUGUUAAGUGUUUUAUAAAUUAUGUUAUUUUUACAAUAACUUGUUUUAUUCCAACACACGUGGAAAAUCGUAGACCCAAGUUUGACAGCUGAAGUAGAUAGCGCUGUAUAAUAUGAAAAUUACGGAGCCGUACAGCGCCAUCUACAUUAGCUGUGCAAUUCAAAGCACGGAUUUGUUAAAGACUUACAUACCCUCUUAUACAUACAAUCAAUGAUGAACGACUAAAUUACAUAUCUUAUGGGACAUCAAGUACAUUGAAAUGUUUUAUUAGGGUUCCGUAGCCAAAUGGCAAAAAACGGAACCCUUAUAGAUUCGUCAUGUCCGUCUGUCUGUCCGUUUAUGUCACUGCCACUUUUUUCCGAAACUAUAAGAAUUAUACUGUUCAAACUUGGCCGCUUUUUAUUUUUUCGGUAGCAUUUGUUUUAACGGAAAUAAAGAGGUUGCAAAUCGAGUAACAGAACUUAGUAACCAACUAGGUAGUUGAAAUAUGUAUUACACCAUGUUGUACGUCCGUGAUAAAACGUAGUAAUUAUAUGCUCUUUGGUCCGUGAUUACACCUACUUCGUCGUAACUGCCAAAUAAUUUCAAAAUUAAAUUUCGAGUUCAACAGUUGAACGCGAAAGACAGUUACUGUCUUUCGCGUGUCAUAGUGACGAUAGUCAAUUGGCCGUGUCCGUGUGUCUUGUAUACCUAUCUAUUGAGAAAUAAAAGUAAUUUAGUGGGAAUGUUGCGAAAUUGUUUGUCGCUCCUGAAUGGGCCGGCCAGGGCUCCGAGCCGCACCGUGGUGCCGGCGAGGAGGUGGAACCAGUGCACCAUGUGCAUCAGCCUGCCGCCGCGGAACCCGCACACGCUUGGAGAGUCGGUGGCGCACGGCGCGUUCAUGAUGGUGGUUUGGCUCACGCCCUUGCUCGUCCUGAUGUCACAGAUCAAGGUCUGGAGACGUAAAUAUGGGUCAAACUAACCUGAGGGCUAAAUACGCGUCUAUGUCAAAAAUAAAUACAGUUUAAUUAUU